GACUGGGGGGCCGUGUGAGGGAGCAGCGGGGCCGAGGUGCGCUGUGAGGGAGCCGUGUGAGCCGCGGGACGGGGCAAGCCGAGCCGAGCGCCGCACGAGACCUGCCCAUGGCCGAGAGUUUUCAGAAGAAAGCGGCUGACUGCCCUGACACGAUACUGAGGAAGGGGCUGAACAACAGAUACCGUGUGCUGGAAGUCAGCGUGAUACAGAGAAAUGGAAGUGACCCUGAGAAACACUUGAGAAUUACAGCAUCUCACUCACUAGAAGAUACAGAGCUGUGCAUUCUUAGGAAUGGCUGGGAGUCUGUUCCUGUUGUUCCAGGGGACAUCCUUCAUUUGGAAGGGGAAUGUAGCUCCGGCACGUGGGUCAUCAGUGACCAGUGUGGGUACCUGGUUCUGUACCCAGACCUGCUGCUCUCUGGCACUACGGUAUCAAACAGCAUCCGCUGUAUGAGAAGGGCAGUGCUGAGCGAACGGUUCAGGGGCUCAGAGUCUGGUUCGCGCCAAAUGCUCGUUGGUACAAUUCUUCAUGACAUUUUCCAGCAAUCAGUAACAAAUGACUUGACACAAGAAAAAGUACUAGAACUAGCAAAUAAAAUUGUCUAUGGACAAAAGUAUCUCAAAGAAAUGUAUCACUUAAAUCUGAAACAAGCAGAAAUAAUGCAGGAGGUGGAAGAAUAUUUGCCAUCAUUUUUUAAAUGGGCAGAAGACUUCAUGCACAAUCCAGUGAACCAAAAUGAAAUGCAACUAAAACUGUCAAAUGGUGAAAAACCAGAAGUUGUAUCUUCUAAGAUAGAGAUUGUAGAUAUCUUGGACAUCGAAGAGAAUAUCUGGUCUCCCAGGUUUGGGUUGAAGGGAAAGAUUGAUGUUACAGCCAGGGUGAAAAUCCAUUGCCAGUCUGGAGUACAGUCUCGGAUAAUGCCAUUGGAGCUCAAGUCUGGCAAGGAAUCUAACUCCAUAGAGCACAGAAGUCAGGUUAUUCUGUACACACUGAUGAAUUUAGAGCGGAGAGCAGAUCCUGAAGCUGGAUUUCUUCUUUACCUCAAAACUGGUACAAUGUAUCCUGUUUCUGGAGCCCGCCUGGACCGAAGAGAAUUAAUGAAGUUGAGAAACCACGUGGCCUUCUACUUAGCGCACAGUACCUACAAAUCUGCCGUGGGCAGGCAGCAUUCACAGCUUGCUGCUUUGCCUCCCGUGAUUGAUGACAGUCAAGCCUGUAAAUAUUGCUCCCAAAUGCACAAUUGCUUCCUAUACAGCAGAGCUGUGGAGCAGAAGAUGGCCAGUGAGUCCUUUCCUCCUGCUCUGGCAGCUGUUAUUGACAGAGAGACCCAGCACCUGAAACCCUCCCACCUGGAGUAUUUCAGCCUGUGGUACCUGAUGUUAACCCUGGAGCUGCAAAGUGGGGAGGGUAAAAAGGGAUAUAAAAAUAUAUGGAUGACACCUUCUUUGGAAAGAGAGAAGGCUGGAGAUUGUGUUGGGAACUUGAUCAGAGUGGAUGAAGUACGUGAAAUUUCCGAGGGACAGUACCUCCAUUUUUUUCAACGCAGAAAUGGUGCCAUACCUGCAACAAACCUGUUGGUUGGUGAUCGAGUGGUUGCGAGUGGAGAGGAAAAGGGUUUACUUGGUUUGGCUACUGGCUAUGUUAGAGAAGUCACUGGAACAAAAGUCUCCUGUUUGUUGGGCAGGAAUUUGUCAAAGCUCCCCAAGAACACCGUAUUUAGGUUGGAUCAUGAAGAGGGAGAUUUUGGUGUAGGAGUCCCUUUUGAAAAUCUUUCUAAACUGAUGAAAGAUUCUCCGAUCAGUGAAAGGCUCCGCAACUUGAUAAUUGACUUCCAGAAACCACGUUUCAUUCAGCACUUGAGCUCUGUCCUUCCUCCAGAAGCAAAGGAAACUGUUGCAAAUAUUUUAAAGGGUCUAAAUAAGCCCCAGAAACAGGCAAUGAAACAAGUGCUACUUUCUAAAGACUACACACUUAUUGUGGGUAUGCCUGGAACAGGAAAAACAACUACAAUAUGUGCUCUAGUGAGAAUUCUUUCUGCUUGUGGCUUCAGUGUUCUUCUGACUAGUUUUACACACACGGCUGUGGACAACAUCCUGCUCAAGUUGGCCAAAUUCAAAGUUGGUUUCCUGCGCUUAGGGCGAGCUCAGAAGGUCCAUCCAGAUAUUCAGAAAUAUACAGAAGAAGAAAUUUGCAGGUCCAAAUCAAUUAAAUCUGUAACAGACUUGGAAGAAGUCUAUAAUAGUCAGCCAGUGGUGGCAACGUCUUGCAUGGGAGUAAAUCACCCUAUCUUUGUUCAGAAGCAAUUUGAUUUCUGCAUAGUUGAUGAAGCUUCCCAAAUAAGCCAGCUCAUCUGCCUGGGCCCACUGUUCUGCUCCAAAAGGUUUGUGCUGGUGGGGGAUCAUCAGCAGCUGCCUCCACUUGUGCUGAAUGCAGAAGCAAGAGAUCUUGGCAUGAGUGAAAGCUUAUUUAAAAGGCUGGAACAAAACCAAAAUGCUGUUGUCCAAUUAACUGUGCAAUACAGAAUGAAUAGUAAGAUUAUGUCACUGAGUAACAUGUUAGUGUAUGAAGGCAAACUGGAAUGUGGCUCAGAGAAGGUGUCAAAUGCCACUGUUAACUUGCCCAACCUAAAAAAAUUGAAACUGGACCUUGUGGAUGCUUCAAAAAUGUGGCUGAAAGAAGUACUUGAUCCAGACACCCCUGUGUGUUUUCUGAACACAGAGAAGGUCCCAGCACCAGAACAUGCAGAAAGAGGUGGCAUAAGUAACGUGACAGAAGCUAAAAUAGUGCUCUUUCUCACAUCCUUGUUUAUUAAGGCUGGCUGCAAGCCUUCAGACAUUGGCAUCAUAUCACCCUACAGACACCAAUUAAAAACAAUCACUGAUUUGAUGGCAAAACUGAAGGAGAACAGAGUGGAAGUCAACACGGUCGACAAAUACCAAGGAAGAGACAAAAGUAUCAUAAUCGUGUCUUUUGUUAGGAACAGUAAUGAUGAAAAUCUCGGCAACCUCCUGAAGGACUGGCGGCGCCUGAAUGUUGCCAUCACGAGAGCCAAGCACAAGCUGGUCAUGGUGGGCUGUGUUCCAUCCCUGAGCUGCUAUCCUCCCCUGGAGAAGCUCCUCUGCCACCUGCAGUCCCACGCAAUGAUCUUCAAUCUUCCAGCCGGGGCUCAUGAAAGUAUCCACAAGUGUAACAUCUUAUGAGCAUGAAGAUGGGAAGUUUUACAGGCAUUUUAGCAGGAGCUCUACGAAGAGGAACCUUGUCCAUUCUGUCAGACUAAGAUGACUGUAAAAAGCU